UGAUGUUAAUGGAAAAUUGUCAAUUUCGAUGGAUGAAAAACUUAUUGAAAUGGAUGCAACCAAUCAGAUUAUCCUUUUGACGUCAUUGGCCACCGUUGAUGAAGGUUAUGCAAUAUUGUAUGCCAAAUAUUCAUCCGAUAAUUCCGAUAUGAGUCCACUUGGUGGAUUAUAUGUUAUCUUUAUAGGCGCUUCCAUAGGCAAUCCUAUCCCUCUCUUUCAAAUAACUAAAGCUGAAAUGAAAAUUAAUGCAGUUCAUUGUAAUGCAUGUUUUGGAUUUUGUUACUAUUGUGUUGCUUCCAUCAACUACAACAACACAGUGUACUAUGAAGAAAUUAUAUUUAGUUCAGUAGCAACUAUGGGUUCCGGACAAUUAAACAAUACUCCCAAAGAACCUAGUGCGUCCUGGAAUGUUGUGUCUUCAACACCUGUCGGCGGAUACAUAUUUUCUUCUGUG